AUGCCCGGCUGCCCGCGGCUCGCCCUGCUCUGCGCGCUGCCCUGGCUCCUGCGGGCGGCGGCCCCCGGGAGCCCCGCGCCGCCCCUCGCGCGCCGCGACCCCCACGCCCCGGCCAGGGGCGCCGAUUUCGAUCGUGUCUACAGCGGCGUCGUGAACCUCAGCACCGAGAACAUCUACUCCUUCUCCUACACCAGCCAGCCCGGCCAGGUCAACGCCGUGCGGGUGCAUGUGAACAGCUCUUCCGAGAACCUCGACUACCCGGUCCUGGUCGUGGUGCGUCAGCAGAAAGAGGUGCUGUCCUGGCAGGUUCCGCUGCCCUUCCAAGGACUAUACCAGAGGACCUACAACUACCAGGAAGUGAGCCGCACCUUAUGUCCCUCAGAAGCAACCAAUGAAACAGGACCGCUGGAGCAACUGAUAUUUGUAGAUAUAGCAUCCAUGGCACCCCUAGGUGCCCAGUACAAACUGCUGGUUACCAAGAUCAAGCACUUCCAGCUACAGACAAAUGUUGCCUUUCACUUCACUGCCAGCCCCUCUCAACCUCAGUAUUUUCUAUACAAAUUUCCUGAAGAUGUGGACUCAGUUGUCAUUAAAGUUGUAUCUAAAGUGGCUUAUCCAUGUUCUGUUGUCUCUGUCCAGAAUAUCAUGUGCCCAGUGUAUGAUCUUGACCACAAUGUGGAAUUUAAUGGUGUCUAUCAGUCCAUGACCAAGAAAGCUGCCAUCACACUACAGAAGAAGGAUUUUCCAGGUGAGCAGUUCUUCGUGGUGUUUGUGAUAAAGCCUGAAGAUUAUGCUUGUGGAGGAUCUUUCUUCAUCCAGGAAAAGAAGAACCAGACCUGGAAUCUACAACGCACAAAGAACCUUAAAGUGACCGUUGUUCCUUCCAUUAAAGAAUCCGUUUUUGUGAAAUCCAUUCUUCUCAGCUUCCUCAUCUUCUUCUCCUUCUAUUUGGGAUGCCUGCUGAUUGCGUUUGUUCAUUAUAUCCGGUUUCAGAGAAAAUCCAUUGACGGAAGCUUUGGUUCCAAUGAUGGCUCUGGAACUCUGGCGGUGUCACAUCCCAUUGCUGCCAGCACCCCCGAAGGGAGCAGCUACGGGGCAAUAGAUGAGUCAAGCUCCAGUCCCGGCAGGCAGAUGUCCUCCUCUGAUGGGGGGCAGCCAUACCAGUCAGACUCGGACAGCUCCGUGGAGGAGAGUGACUUCGACACCAUGCCAGACAUUGAGAGUGAUAAGAACGUCAUCCGGACCAAGAUGUUCCUUUACCUGUCAGAUUUGUCCAGGAAGGACCGGAGAAUCAUCAGCAAAAAAUAUAAGAUUUAUUUUUGGAAUAUCAUCACUAUCGCUGUGUUCUAUGCACUACCUGUGAUCCAGCUGGUCAUCACCUACCAGACAGUGGUAAACGUCACUGGAAACCAGGAUAUCUGUUAUUACAACUUCCUCUGUGCUCACCCCUUGGGCGUCCUGAGUGCCUUCAAUAACAUUCUCAGUAACCUGGGGCACGUGCUCCUGGGCUUCCUCUUCCUGCUGAUAGUCUUGCGCCGGGACAUUCUCCAUCGAAGAGCCCUGGAUGCCAAGGACAUCUUUGCCAAGGAGUAUGGGAUUCCCAAACACUUCGGUCUCUUCUAUGCUAUGGGCAUCGCAUUGAUGAUGGAAGGAGUGCUCAGUGCUUGUUACCACAUCUGCCCUAAUUACUCCAACUUCCAAUUUGACACCUCCUUCAUGUACAUGAUCGCUGGCCUCUGCAUGUUGAAGCUCUACCAGACCCGCCACCCAGACAUCAACGCUAGCGCCUACGCCGCCUAUGCCUCCUUCGCCUUCGUCAUCACACUCACGGUGCUCGGAGUGGUGUUUGGAAAAAAUGACAUCUGGUUCUGGAUCAUCUUCUCUGCGAUCCAUAUACUGGCCUCUCUGGCCCUCAGCACCCAGAUCUACUACAUGGGUCGUUUCAAGAUAGACGUGUCUGACACAGCAGAUUUGGGGAUUUUCCGGCGGGCUGCUAUGGUGCUCUACACGGAUUUCAUCCAUCAGUGCAGCCGGCCUCUGUACAUGGACAGAAUGGUGUUGCUCGUCGUGGGGAAUCUGAUUAACUGGUCCUUCGCCCUCUUUGGCCUGAUCUACCGGCCCAGGGACUUUGCCUCCUACAUGCUGGGCAUCUUCAUCGGUAACCUGCUGCUCUACCUGGCCUUUUACAUCAUCAUGAAGCUCCGCAGCUCCGAGAAGGUCCUCCCCAUCCCGCUCUUCUGCAUCGUGGCCACCGCGGUGGUGUGGGCCGCUGCCCUGUAUUUUUUCUUCCAGAAUCUCAGCAGCUGGGAGGGAACCCCAGCUGAGUCUCGGGAGAAGAACCGGGAAUGUGUCCUGCUGGAUUUCUUUGAUGAGCAUGACAUCUGGCACUUCCUGUCUGCCACUGCCCUGUUUUUCUCAUUCUUGGUUUUGUUAACCCUGGAUGAUGACCUGGAUGUGGUUCGGAGGGACCAGAUCCCUGUCUUCUGAGCCUCCAGCAUUAAGAGAGGAGAGAGGAAGCGAUCUCGAUCUUGGUGCUGUUUCAUGAAAAAUGCAGGGCCUGCCGCAAAGUAACCACUGCCAAAGACUCCACUCACCCCCUGUGGAGUCAACUCUGAAUACACUCACACACAGAGGAGAGGAGCAGGGGAGAUUCAAACCUGCAAGGGUGGAGGCAGAAGGGAAGACAGGGCUAUGGACAGAGGCAAGCCCUGAAGAAUCGAGAAGCCCCCAUCCCCUUAUGUCGCAACUCUGAACUAGACAUGGACAACCUCUGCAUCAAAGUCAACUCGCUAUCUUGGGGCCCCUCCCACCCUCACCUGGGACUCAUCAGCAAUGGCUGAAUGAUGCUGCACC